AUGGAUAAACUGUUAAGACCAGAAAGAUUUGAAUGUCUACCUGAUACAACCAAAGCAGCAUUUGAAUUCAAACAUUGGUUGAGGACUUUUGAAAAUUUUGUAUCCUCUGUUGAUAAAGUAAGUGACGAAGAAAAGUUAAAACUACUCAUAAAUUACAUUAGUCACAACGUAUAUGAAUUUAUUUCAGAAGCAAAGACCUAUGAAGAUGCUGUGAAGGUUUUACAGACCCUCUAUGUGAAACCUCAAAAUGAAGUUUAUUCAAGGCAUAUAUUAGCUAUUUCCAAGCAACAACCUGGGGAGUCUGUAGAUCAAUUCUUACAAAAACUGAAACUUUUGAGUAAAGAUUGUAAUUUUCGUAAUGUUAAUGCAGAAGAAAGUAAAAACGAUUACAUUAGAGACUCAUUCAUCACUGGGCUAUUAUCUCCUCAAAUACGUCAAAGACUACUAGAGAACAAUACUCUGAAAUUAGAGGAUGCCGUUGCUCAAGCAAGAGCUCUAGAAUCAGCUCAGAAACACUCAGAAAUCUACCAACAAACUCAUCAAAAUCAAUUCUUGAACAGUACUUUAAAUCAAGAGAUGAAUCAAGAAGAAUGUUAUAAGGAAUCAUCACUGGCUGCCUCAGGGACAAUAAAAUGCUUCUUCUGUGGGAAAGCCAAACAUCCUCGAAAUGUCUGUCCAGCCAGGGAUGCUGAUUGUCGAAACUGUGGGAUAAAAGGUCAUUUCUCAAUUGUUUGUCGUCGUAAAAAAUCAGGUAAAUCUUCUAAUCUUUCAGCCAUGGAGAAAAGUCAUGAGUCGGGACUGCUGGCUGCCGCUCCUCGAUGUUUAUCAAAGUCUGUAGUUACAGUUAAGAUUAACAAUGUUGUCGCUGAUGCUCUAAUAGAUACUGGUAGCUCUGAAACAUUCAUAAAUAAAACAUUCGUUGACAAAACAAAGUUUUUAGUUGUUCCUGGAGGAGGCCAGAUUUCUAUGGCAUCUGUAGACUUACAAUCCCGUAUCUGUGGGCACUGCUUCGUUGAUAUUGAGCUUUUAGGGCAUCAACAUAUAAAAACUAAGGUUUCAGUUUUGCCUAAUCUCUGUGCAGACAUGAUAAUUGGGCAUGAUAUUCUCUCUAAGUAUACAAAUCUAUGCAUAUCAUUUGGCGGUUCUAAGCCAGCAUUAACUUUGGGCCCUUGCAGUUUGCCUACAGCUAUUGUUGAACCUCCUGAACUAUUUGCUAAUCUUUCACCAGAUUGUCACCCAAUAAAAAUAAAAUCUCGAAGGUUCUCCCUUGGUGAAACAAGAUUUAUAGAAAAUGAAAUAGGUAAAUUGUUGUCUGAAGGAAUAAUUGAAGAGAGCAAUUCUCCUUGGAGGGCUCAAGUCCUGGUUACCAAAAAUGAGAAUCACAAAAGACGGUUAGUCAUUGAUUACUCUCAAACUAUUAACCGUUUCACUAACCUUGAUGCUUAUCCUUUACCAAAUAUUGAAGAUCUUGUUUCAAAAAUUUCUAAGUAUGAGGUAUUUAGUACAGUUGACCUCCGAAGCGCUUACCAUCAAAUCCCUAUUUGUGAAAAUGAGAAAAAAUACACUGGCUUCGAAGCAGGUGGAAAACUAUAUCAUUUCAACAGAAUACCUUUUGGAGUUACCAAUGGAGUUGCUUGUUUCCAGCGUGUAAUUAAUGGUAUAAUCAGUAAAGAAAAGAUAGAAGGGGUUUUUGCUUAUCUAGAUGAUUUGACGGUUUGUGGUAAAGAUCAAGAAGAUCAUGAUAGAAAUCUUGCAAAUUUCUUGGCAGCAGCCAACAAGUACGGGCUGACUCUGAAUCAAGACAAAUGUUCAUACUCCCAAAGAUCAAUCAGACUUCUGGGAUACCUAAUUGAAAAUAACACUAUUAAACCGGAUCCUGAAAGACUUGAACCCCUUCUGAACUUACCUGUUCCUAGUAAUUUUGAUUUAUUAAGGCGUGCAGUUGGAAUGCUAGCUCACUAUUCAAGAUGGAUCCCUCAAUUUUCUGAAAAAGUACACAGAUUAGUUAAAUGCAAAACAUUUCCAAUUCCUCCAGAAGUUGUUUCUGACUAUGAAAAACUGAAACAAGAGAUAGCUCAGUCUGCUAUUAAUACUAUUGAUGAAUCUAUCCCAUUCGUAGUAGAAACUGAUGCAUCACAGAAUGCACUUGCAGCGACUCUUAGUCAAAUGGGUCGUCCAGUUGCUUUUUUUUCACGAUCGUUAUCAGACAGUGAAAAGAGACACUCGAUAAUAGAAAAGGAAGCAGCAGCUAUUGUCGAGGCAGUCAGGAAAUGGAGACAUUUCUUAGUUGGACGGCAUUUCAAGAUUGUGACAGAUCAAAGUUGGAACAGAACACUACCUCGUCAAAAUCGCUCCUUCUGGAACAGAACACUACUUCGUCACAACCGCUCCUUCAAAACUAUACAGAUUUAUGUUUACCACCAGCAACGUCAGAUGGUGUUCCUGAAAAUGAUGAACAUCAAACCAGCAGCGCUCCUUGCAAUCAACCUCAUCCACCACGUCAGUCAACCAGACCAAAGGGACGGGAUGUGGUCAGCAGUCACCAAAGUAGGUCAGCUGCUGGGACUGAGCCGUCCAGAGCCUCAGGUGGACUGGGACGCAGUGGCAGCAGUGUUAGAUGCUGAGGACGAAACACACCACAGCGACCUUGAAGAUGACGUUAAGGUUGACAACACCGUUGAAGGCCAGGUCGCUUGUCAACACAGGACAGGAGUCAUCACAGAACUGUAUCAGACUCAUGGAUACAUCACUAGUGCUUCUAGUGGAGAAGAGGGAGAAAAUCGCCCUUUGUACUUCCAGUUGAAGAAUGCUCCAGAAAACCUUAAGGUUGGCAACCGUGUUGUGUUUCUUGCUUUCCGCUUAGCUGAGGAUAGUGACUGGGUUGUCAGGAAGGUGUUGUAUGUCGACAAUGAACGCUGGGAUGAUAAAAAUGAAGAUGAAGAAGAAGACAACACUCAGCAGUCUGUUGUCAAGGAGGAGUGUGAGACCGCUUACAAACACGUAAUUGGGAAGAUCACAGGGAGAAAAGGUCGAACAGUCUUUGCUGAGGAUGUCCAAUUUUCUUUAGACUCAGUAGAGAUAGAUUUUAUUCCUGUAGAGGGUGACUGGGUGAGUCUUAGCUCGCUGGUACAACCCCAGUCCGAGGGAGACACGGUGUUGAUGGUAGAUCGGGUGAGUCCACUGCGUAGCUGCACUCGCGAGGGUCAGGUGAGCCACUGGACACCCGAUUGUCAGCUCGGCAUUGUAGACGGAGAGGUGGUGUUCAGCAAAGACGCUUGUGAGCCUGGAUAUCUGCCCAGAGUUGGCGAUCAGGUAACCGUUUACUGCAUUGAAAGUGAUCAAGGUCAACUGACAUGGAGGGCAGUGCAAGUGGUUGCAACUUCGGAGAAAGCCAUACAGUCAUCACAGGAUCAAACAUUGACAUCACUGCUACAAGACAAACAAGGCAUUGUUAUAUCUGAAAACACCAACUUUGGAAUAGUCUCCCUUGGACAGGAGAAGGAUAUCAAGAUUGACAUAAGUAAUGAAGGUGCCAGUCCUCAGACGCUGAUUGGUGUUGAGAAGACAAAUCGAGAGUCACAGUUUCAGCUUCCACCGUUCUCCUUCCCUCUCCCUACCACCCUACAGCCUCAUGACACACUGCAUGUCACUUCUAAGGUACAGGGAAGGUUUGUAGGAAGAUCCAGUGAAUUGUUGAGAUUCCAUUUUGAAGGGUUUGAAAUUGGAAGACAAUUGGCAGUGGACGUUCAGAGUGCGUCUUUAACUACUUCCUUGGCCGAAAGUAGAAAAAGUGGGUACAAGCAAACUGAGCAAAAACCUCUCACUGUAAGGAAACUUUUGGCAACAAGAAACGGAUUCAUCGUCCCCGGAGUCAGGCCAAUGAAGCCAGCAAAUUUUGUACCUGUACACUUAGGAAGAUUCACUAUACCCGAAGAACUAGAGAGAAUAGCAUUAGGGUCUGAUAAAGCAGUCAGGACAUAUGAAGUGAUUGCCGAAUUACUGAAGAAAUAUCCUUCUCUUGCGGGAUCCUUGAAUGGCCAGAACUAUAUUGACAGAUGGGACAAGGUUAUACAUGUUGAGGAAGUGGCACACAGAGCAAACAUAAGCCGGUAUGACACAACAGCAGCCUUGCACCGUGUAGAUGAGUAUCUCAGCCUGGAGAUACCUGGGUUGGCUGAGAGACGCCCGUCACUGAUGGUUGGCGACACUGUCAUCGCAAGACCUUCCUGGACUGAUGCUAACUCUUGGGCAACAGACAAUAACACUGUCGCAUAUGAGGGGUUCAUCCACAAAGUGUUGAGUAAUGAAGUGCUACUUAAGUUCAACCCUACGUUCCACGACACUUGUAGUGGCGUCUACUCCAUCAACUUUGAAUCUAACCGUACUUCCUUCAGACGUCUGCACCAGGCUGUGCAUGUUGGACACAAGAACUUAUGUGCUGAGUGGUUGUUUCCCAGCAAAGUUACUUACCAGCCGCCUCAGGUUAUAAUUGUUGACGAAGCAAAUCAUAAUUCAGUUGGUGCAACUAUCAAGUCUGAAUCUAAUACAGAUAAUAAUAUUAAUCAUAAAAAUUCAUCCCAUAUCAGUGAAGCAAUUGAUAUAGACUGUGACAAUAAUAUCAGUAAUGGUGGUGAUAAUGCUCAAGGUAUUGCCAAAGAAGAAAGUGCAAUCCAAAAUAGUUUAGAAAAGUCAGUGAAUGAAAUUGAUAAUACCACACAAGAGUUCAGUAAAAACACAGGCACCAACCAAAAUGGUUUAGACAAAUCAGUUAUUGAAACAUUUAUUUCCUCUGAACAAAGUAUCGAGGACAGUGUAAACUCUGCAAUCAAUAAUGUAAAUAAUGUUGAUAGUUCAAAGACAAACCGAUCUAAAAACAAGCGUCAAAAGAGUAGAGUAUCAGAUAUGUUUGAAAAGUUACCACUGAAAGAUGAAAUCCCAAAAGUGUCAUCUCCCCCAAGAGUUUCAGUUGUGGAUAGGUUUCUUCAGAAUGGAAAUUGCCAUUCGAUAGAAAAAGGUUCUAAAGAAAUGGAUGAUGUGUUUCGACGCUUAAUGGGAUUAAAAGUACCGAAGAGAAAAACUGAAAUGAAAACAUUAGAAGAGAUAGAAAAGACAUUGCUAUCACAUAGCAAUGUCUUAAAAGAAGAUAUCAAACCUUUACCUUCUGCGGAGGACAAAAAAUCUACUCAAACCAUUGAGGAAACACAAGGUUGUAAUAAAAAGAAAAACUUAUCCGAAGAAAUAAAUCAGAAUCAAUCCAGCAAAGAACAAAAGAAAGAAAAAAACACAAGGGCAAAAAACAUAGAAAACCAAUCAUCAAGACAAAAGAAAGAACAAAAAAUAAAAUGGAACUCUAACACUGAAAUGAAAUUGGGAAUUGAAAAAGAAAGUGUUUCCAAUAUUCCGCUGUGGAAAAGGACAAAAAUCAGAUGGUUUAACCCACUACUUAACCACCAUCAAAAGGAAGCUGUCCGUAAUAUACUGAAAGGUGAAGCGAGACCUCUUCCUUAUGUUAUUUUUGGACCUCCUGGCACAGGCAAAACCAUCACAGUUGUUGAAGCGAUUCUCCAAAUAUACUUCCUCAUUCCUGAUAGUAGACUGUUGGUAGCGACUCCUAGCAACUCCGCAGCAGACUUGGUGUGCGAGAGGCUGCUGCAGAGUGGACUGCUGGCUGCAGGAGAUCUGCUGCGGCUCUGCAGCUUCCACUACGCAGACCAGGGCAGAGUACCUGACAGUCUGCGGCCUUACUGUGGUACUGCGGAUAUCAAGGCUAGAGACGAGCAGAGGAUGCCUGUGCCCAACCAUGUACAAGAAGGUGUAGUGAACAUCUCCCGCCAUGCUAUUGGUCGACACAGGGUGACUGUGGGUACGUGUGGCGCCCUAGCUGUCCUCUACCAGAUGGGCUUCCCCAAGGGACACUUCACACAUGUUGUGGUGGAUGAGGCCGGCCAAGCUACUGAACCGGAGAUUCUUAUACCUCUAGUGUUCCUACACAAGUCUCACGGCCAAGCCAUUUUAGCGGGGGACCCUCUGCAGCUCGGUCCAGUGGUGAUUAGCUCAGUUGCUGAACACUUUGGUCUAGGAGAGUCGUUCUUGUCCCGGCUGCUGCAGCGCAGUCUUUACAGCAGGGAUGUUGUUGGUUUCCCCUCUACUGGUGGAUACAACCCCCAUCUAGUCACUAGACUGGUCUACAACUACCGCUCUCUCCCAGAGAUACUGCAACUGCCCAACAACAUGUUCUAUCAUGGAGAUCUGAUACCUAAGGUUUCAGAUGUGACCAGUGAGGAAGCAGAAAUACUGGACAGGUUGAGAUCGCUGUUGCCAACACGUGAGGACCAGAGUCCCCCAGCCCUGGUGUUUCACGGAGUCAGAGGCACCAACUGUCAGUCCCAAGAAAGCCCCAGCUGGUACAACCCUCAUGAGGCCGUACAGACAACCUUGUAUCUUCAGAGUCUGUACAACGCAGGGUUGACACCAGACCAGUGCGGCAUUAUCACUCCAUAUCAAGCUCAGGUACUGAAAAUCCGCUCGCUCCUAGAAACCUUGGAAGUGGAGCCUCCAAAGGUUGGGUCGGUCGAAGAGUUCCAAGGUCAAGAAAGGAUGGUGGUAAUCUUGUCUACUGUCAGGAGCAGCCCUCGACUGGUCGAGACUGAUUUACGACACUCAGUGGGGUUCGUCUGCUCUCCACGCCGGUUGAACGUAGCUAUAACAAGAGCUCGGGCUUGUCUCAUCGUGUUGGGCAACCCUCAUCUGCUAGCACGAGACCAGUACUGGCGCACGGUGCUGCGUGAUUGUGUGAGCCGAGGAGGCUAUACGGGUUGUGAUCUGCCAGCUGAUCUUGAUAUAUAAUAGAGAUGCGUCAGCUGUACUGUAUAAUUUGUACAUAAGUCAUGGACAAUCCAUUUUACUUAAUUCACAAGAACUUGAAUUGUUGGGUUAGCAGGGUUGUGCACGUAGGAAAGACUCUAUCUUGGUGCAAGAAAAAACAUUUUACAGUAUAAAAAACUUAGAUAUUUCUGUUGUUAAUUGAGAAAAUUGAAACUUUCAUGAAAGGAUGAUUUAGGUUUAGAAAAAACUAUGUCUUCAGAUAAAACUGCCUGGUUCUUCAGGCAUCGUUGGUUCAAAAUGCUGUCAUUGACAGUGACAUUAAUUUAUCGGGCAGUUGUGUAAAGUUAUGGUGUUUUCUAGUACUGAAACGAAUCUUUCCCAUUAACACGUUGACUGCUAACGCCGGCGUCGCUGCUAAAGCCGACAAAAGUCGCCACCAGACCAACUGAAAUAUAUCGAGUCUGAGUGAGAUUAGCCUCAGACGGAGGACGGUUUAAUCAUUGCCAACCUGCAGCUUAGAAUGCGAGCUUUAUUUUGUUGUAGGUUGGCACUAAAAUUUCCUGUAAAAUCCCGUCUGGCAAUGCUUUUGUCCACAUUACAAAGACACUGACUACGGAUCCAGGCAGUGCUGCUACCUUUGGGUGUUUCAGUGAACUAUGUUCACUCUUGGGGUAACGCAGCACAAUCAUCAUUGCUAGUUUGUGAUUCGUCAGACUGAAAUAUUUGAAUGCCAAUUGCAUUCGCUUAUUCGGUGGUGCGCUGGGGCUUCGCCCGCCAGUGGGGUGCGCCUGUACGUUAUUUUCAGCAGUUAACGUGUUAAGGAAAGCCUGCGAUCCAAACAAUUGUACGUUUUAAACAAAUGAUUCUUGUCACGUUUAUGAGUUAGUUGUUUUCAUUUAACUUUUAAAACCCACAAGUUCUUUAUUUUACUAUAUCCACUAUGUAUAUUAUUAUUUUUUUUUUUAUGUUUGUAAGUGUUUUCCUUCAAAGAAGAAAAUAGUAAUUGUGGUUCAGUUUUUCUUAUGUGAUAGUUUUUGUAUUUACUUUUAGUUUAGGAAAAUAUUGGAGACGACCAUGUCAUGCCUAUUUAUUUAAUAACAAAAUGGCAAUGAAUCAGUCUUUUGUGGCAGUUUCUAACCUGCUGUUUACAGUAGGUUUUGAUUUACAAAACAAUGUUUAACUGGAAUAUUUAAUGUUUCAAAAUAAUCAAAAUCAAUUAAUCAAAACUGCAUACAAUCCCUUAUGAUUAUUCAGCAAUUAAUAUGAAAUUGACGUUCGUCCAUUGCAUGUGCGAAUUCUUAAUUUACCACUGUUUUUAAUUAAUAAUAACUCAGUGUUUGGGUUUUUUGUAACUCAAUUUCUUAAAUGUCUUUGAUACUAAAUUAAUAUAAGCUCCAAUACUUUCUUGCAUUCUCCUAAUGUUCCUUAAUUAGUUUUAAUUUGUAUUGCCCUUUUAAUAGAAAUAAAGUGCAUUUGUUGACAGUCUCGACCCUCGAGCGAAAGAAGACAACCAACUGUAAAUUAGAGCAAAAUAUAUUUUUGUUUGUUUUGUUUGAACUGUAAAAUAUAAUUUGCAAUAAUUUAACUGUCUUAUUUUAAGUUGUCUAAAUAGUAUAUAAAUAAAUUUGACCAAGUUAAAUUAGUUCAAUAUAUUUAAUUUAUAUAAUGUGGAAAGUGUUUUUAUUGAGCACAUAAUAUUUAUGAGGUUUAUAAUCCUUCUAUUCAUUAAAAAAGUACAAUGUACCUUGAAUGUAUUGUAUGCUUAGAAUAAUUAGUCAAUCUAACUAAGGAUACAAAAAAUCCUAACCCUAAAAUCCUUGUUUGUUUGUUUAUGAUAUAAUUUUUCAAGAAUUUUUUUAGCCCUAUAACAUUUGUGUACAUGUUUUAAAUCAACCAAAUCAGUAAUUACAUCUAGCUUUGAGAUUUUGAUUGCUCUGUUACAGCUGUAGCUAACUAACCUUUGUCACUUUCCACAGAAAUAUAAUAUUAUUUGAAAAUUAAAUUAUAUUUCAUAUUGAUUUUGAAACAAACGUUUGUAAAACUUGAAAAAUAGCUAUUUACCUUACAAGUGUAGUAAGAGCGUUUUUACAUCACGCAGGUGAAUGUUAGAUUACCGAAGUGAUGAAAACACGCUCUUGCGUAACGUGUAACGUACAAGAUUUUACCUGACCCGACAAUAUAAAGGAGGUUAUGAACAAUAUUUUUCAUUAUCCAUUUCACUCAUCUUCUAACAGUAACGUUCGUUUACAAACAAAAGCUAGGUUAAGAAAAUUCUUCAAAACAUAACAAUAAAAUUCAAGCGCACAGCUGAUUUCUAGCGUUGAACGUCGUUGGCUCCAUAGAGGUAUAUUUUUUAAGUUAAGCACUCAAUGUUAUUUCAAUGGGUUUCAUUACAUCACCGAGUGAGUUUUUUUCAACUUUACAUCACUCGAGAAGUAACGAAGUUAUAUACAUCACGCUUGGGAUAGGGAAGUUUAACAUGGCGGAUUAGGUAAAAGUAGUUAUAGCCUUGAAAAAAUACAGUACAUACAUGUUUUCUACUUUCUUGACUCUUUCAUAUGAAUAAAUAUGAUUCACAACCAUGUGAUUUUCAUUGUGCGUUUUAAAUAUACCUACAGUAGGGACCACAAGAGUCUGCAGUUGGUGGCAGCCAAUCGCAAGACAAGGCUAGUGCGACGUUGCCAUAUCGCCCGUUGAUGACACUAAUUAAAAUUAAAAUACUAAACAAUAUUUUCAAAUCAGCUGGUAUUAUUAUUUGGCAACAACGCGCGGUUCUCAUUGGCUACUUUGAAGUCUCGUGGUAAAUAGGCUCCUCCCUCAAUUUCAGACUCUCGUGGACUGUACUAUAGAAAAAGUAAUUUUUUAGUGGUUCUCAUGCUAAAAUCAUGACAGUACACUUUCAAAUAAUCGAGGUUUUUGGGACCAAAACUAAUUCGGUUACUGAGAAUCUUGGAUAACACGGACGUCUCUUAGAUUUUGAGGCUAUGGGAUAAGGUAAUACAUUAAGAAGUCAAAUACUUUUUCAUGCAAAAUCUUUUAAAAAGAUAAGGUAAUGUUAUUCCGGAAAACAAUGACUCAACAUGCUCAACACUUCCCAAAUUGAAAGAAAAAAUUUAAAUACAGUAUUUUUAAAAUUAUGCUGAACCAACAUACUACAGUAUGAAAUAAAAACACAAUAAGGUGGAUUUUUAUGGUUUAUAAAGUAUAAAAUAAAAUUACUUUUGGUUUGAGUUUGACCUGUGCUAUGACACAAUUAUGUCAAUUUCAAAACAUUGUAAUAAUGACAAAGACUUUCAAUAGGUAAUGCUUAGGUAAUGUAUGAGCAGAAUUACCAUGGCUCACUGCUAUUGUUUACAUUCUGCCGCCAACUCGUCCAGCUUGCCAAUAGUUGGCACUUGGCAGCCAACCUAUUACUGUGUGAUUUUCAUUUUCUAGGUUAAUGCAGAUCAUUCGUGACUGUUCUGUAGCAUCAAAGUUGCUUUACUUGUGUUAAAUACAAGGGCGAGACAGUACUUGUAUUUUAAUUUGCACUUUGAAAAAACAUGGAUCAGCUGAGGGAAAGAAUCAGUCAAGUCUUUGAGAUAUUUUCAUCAUGAAACCAUGAUUUCUUUUACUGUCUUCCCCCACCACACUAUCUAUCAUGUUAUGUAUUUGCUCUG